AUGGCUUCCUCCUCUGGAGAACGGAGUCUUUCGAGACAGCCACUGCUGAGAAGAAGAGCAAGUAUGGGCUCUCCCGAGGUCGAUGAAAUCGAAGAUAAUGCCAUCGAAAUGAACGACAAUGGAAUGCAUAUCGAUGGAACAAAGUCUGAUCGCAUCAAGAAGAACCUCAAUAAAUACGAACAACUGUUUGGUAUCGACGAAGAAUCAUCUAGUCAACCUACGACCUCGAGAAAGGAGUUAUGGUCAUAUUAUCUUUAUUACAAUGGAAACAACGGAGUAGGGCCACAAAGCUAUUCUCAAGCCCUUUUUCAAAAUGCUCUGAGUAAAGCUGGAUGGGAUCCCGCCAUUACACCUGCUCAAAUAGGUAAUUGUACCACGGGAGGUUGUGUAAUACCGUGGGGUACUACUACAAGAUCUGUAUCUAGUGUGGUUUUGCUCGCCAAUGGGAUUUGCUUCACCAUUAUGUCUGUCAUAUUUGUGGCUUUUGGAUCUGUUGCAGACUAUGGGCAUUUUGGGAGAUGGAUACUUCUAUGUCUUACCGUUGUCUGCUGGGUUUUCCAAUACGGGAUGAUGGCUAUUACGAAGCCAGAACAGUGGCCCACAGCCAUGGCUUUGUAUAUUGUAUCAUACAUUUCAUACGGCGCAUCAUUGGUGUUCUAUUAUGCAUUGUUUCCCAGAUUAGCCCGUUACAUGCCUCAUGUUCAAAAGGCUCGAGACGAAGAACUUAAAGAAGAAAAGAUAAAUCAAGAUGAGUAUGAUAGGAUAGAAAGUAUGGAACGAAACCAUAUUAGUAAUAUAUCUACCGCCCAUGCUAGUAUCGGAUACGUUCUUGUGCUGGUACUCAGCCUCUCUAUCCUGAUUCCGAUGCAAGGAAAUUCUUUUGCUAACAAUCUUGCAUUGUGUCUCACAAACUCAUAUUGGGUUGUUCUUGGUCUUCCUUGGUUUAUUUUCCAAUCAGCACGUCCUGGGCCACCUAUCCCAAAAGGCAGUUCAAUAUGGACUAUCGGCUGGAAACAAGUCUAUCUCGCCCUUGUCGAAAUUCGUCAUCUUCCUCAGACAUUUACUUAUCUACUCGCAUUCUUUAUGCUUGCUGACGGUCUGAAUACGACCACUACUCUCGUCUCUAUUAUUCAAAACGAAGUUAUCUCUUUCUCCUUUCUUCAAUUAACGUAUCUUGGACUUGCACAAGCGAUCGCCUCCACGAUAUCCACUUUCUCAUUUUGGUACAUUCAACAGUAUUUUGGCAUUCGAACUAAAUCCAUGUUUAUCGUCACCAACAUCUUUAGUGUUUUAAUUCCGCUAUAUGGUAUGAUUGGAUUAUGGACUGACAAGAUAGGCUAUCACCAUGUUUAUGACUUUUAUGUCUAUAACAUUGUUUUUGGAUUAUUUCAAGCGCCAUAUUUUUCAUACUCUCAAACAAUGAUGAGUGAGGUCACUCCUAGAGGAUAUGAGGGAAUGUUCUUUGGGUUAUUUGGUAUUACGAAUAAAGCUUCUUCAAUCCUCGGCCCAAACGUCAUCCAAGCCAUUGUUAAUCAUACGAACAAUAACUGGAUGGGAUUUCCAUUCUUGUUCGCUUUAUGUGCUUUUGCGAGUAUCAUUAUCUGGUUCGUAGACGUUGAAAAGGGAAGAGAAGAUUGCAGAAUCUACGUGGCAGAGCGGAAGGCUGUCCAUACGAGUACACAGAGACAAGCCACCGAUGAUACAGAUGAGCAGCAGGGUCGAACGGUAAAAUGA